AUGGCCAAUUUUAUGUCGUUUAAUCCCAAAUCGUACGAAGCUGCUUGUACGAGAGUCCAGAAACUGAAUUUUGUGAUGCAGGAGUAUCGCUGGGUCAUCGACGCAUAUGUCUCGGACUUUUACACCCGUGAUCACUGGCUGAAGCUUCCAAAGUCUUUGAGAGAUUACUUUGAUGCUGUAGAGCCCCCAGAACUUGCUUGGCUGUUGAUGGAGAUAGAAAACAACAGUUAUCAUGUAAUUCCCUUGUCCCUUUUGGCAUUGCACUGCUGCAUUCAGAAUUUGUCUCUAAGAAGAGUGGCAGUUGAUAUAGACUCAGUAGAAACAAAGUCCUCCAUUUCCUCGUCUCUGUGUACGAAGGGAGGUCACAUUCCCAAAGAUGUAGAUCCUCAAGCAACAGUUUCAAAUCUAGUGGAAACAGAAGCUAAUCAAAAACCAAACUACAAAAAUGGACAAUGUAUGGACAUGAUGCACAUCUUCAGAAAGCAUGUGAAGCCAAAGAAACAACACGAGAUUGAUAAACUUGGGCAAGUGAUUCGUUUGCUGAGUCAAUUGACAGCAUGCAGCAGUGUGGUGGAUGUUGGUGCUGGUCUGGGACAUUUGUCACGGCUGUUGACCUUCCAGCAUGGUCUCCAUGUGACCAGUAUAGAAGCUGAUGAUGGACAUGCUCCAGUAGCUGCAGAAUAUGAUAGGCAGAUGAGAAAAGAUGUACACAAAGUAAUUGAGAAGAGAAAAGUUUUGUCAUCAGACACACGGUCAUCAGUUGAAUCAUCAAAGAACCAAGACAUGUUAACUGUCCACAAGAAAUGCCCAUUACAAAAUGAAACCAUGUAUUGCCAUAGCAGUGUGAGCAGAGAAUGCCACAGAAUGGACAGUUCUGAUCACUACGACACAUUCUGUAAUGGAAAGUCAUCAUUGUGUUCAAGAUCCUGUUGCGAAAGUGGCAGUAAACAUGACUCACACAGACAUUUUCAUCCAUUGGCUGUUGCCAGAGGAAGUGAAAACCACUGUCAUGUGUCAUCAGAUGGUGACAGUGCUCCAGUUUGUGUUGUGUCGCAUGGCGAGGAGUUUUUACCAAAUCAUGUAGUUCACAGAGUACAGCCAGACAUUGCAUCCUCUCAGUUCUUAGACAUUCUCAAGUUAAACACUCAUGGAGGUGAGGUGAAAGAGGAUGAGAAACCCUCUGACUUUAUUCUUGCUGGUUUGCAUGCAUGCGGAGACUUGACUCCAACUCUUCUGAGAGUAUUUGUCAACUGUAAAGCUGCAAUUGGACUUGCAUCGGUUGCAUGUUGUUAUAUGAAAAUGACAGCAUCUACAUG